GCUGACUUCAGAUCAGAAGGUGAGUGAUUUGGAGGAAGAGGGGGACAGAGCAAAGUCUCUAGUACCUGGCUGCCUGUCUGUGAAGAGUGGCCGGUGCAAAUGAGAUCCUCCUAUAAACUUCAGUAAUUAACCUGGACCCUCAGACACAAAAGAGAGGAAGAGGAUGAGUGAUGUUUGUAUGGAGGAGCAGCUGUCCUCUUGUGAUUUGUGUAAGGAUGCCCUGAAGGAUCCAGUCUCUACUAGCUGUGGACACUGGUUCUGCAGACAGUGCAUCGCCUCAUACUGGGACCAGUCUGUUUCAGUAGGAGACUCCUCCUGUCCCCAGUGUGGAAAAAGAUCCAGAACAAGAGCUGGGCUGCAGACAGCCAGUCAGACCAGCGCUAUACAAAUGGACGUUGGUCUGCAGGAGGUUUUAGAUGAACAUAAGAUCAGUCUGAAGAGGAGAUGUGAACGUGUGACUGAAGGAAGUGAUGAAACAGGAAGUGGAACCCUCCCCAACAAGAUCUACACUGAGCUCUACAUCACAGAGGGACAGAGUGAAGAGGUUAAUACCCAACAUGAAAUGAGGCAGCUGGAGACAGCUUCCAAGAUGAACACCCUUCAUGGCAUUCCAAUCAAGUGUCAAGACAUCUUUAAAGCCUUACCUGACCAACGGGGACACAUCAGAGUGGUUCUGACACACGGUGUUGCUGGCAUUGGAAAAACCUUUUCAGUGCUCAAGUUCACUCUGGACUGGGCCAAGGGUUUGGAAAACCAAGAUGUCAGUCUGGUGAUUCUGCUUUCAUUCAGGGAGCUAAAUUUGAUCAAAGAUGAGCAGUUCAGUCUUCUCACUCUGCUCCGUGUUUUCCAUCCAACAUUAGAGAAGGUCACAGCAGAGGAGCUCGCUGUUUGUGAAGUUCUGUUCAUCUUUGACGGCCUGGAUGAAAGCAGACUGUCUCUGGAUUUCCACAACAAUGAGGUUGUGACUGAUGUCACACAGAAGUCAUCAGUCAACGUGCUGUUGACAAACCUCAUCGAGGGGAAGCUGCUUCCCUCGGCUCUGGUCUGGAUAACUACCCGGCCUGCAGCAGCUAAUCAGAUCCCUCCUGUAUGUGUUGACAGGGUAACAGAAGUACAAGGCUUCACUGACGCCCAGAAGGAGGAGUACUUCAGGAGGAGAGUCAGUGAUGAAGAGCGGUCCAGCAAAAUCAUCUCACACGUCAAGACAUCCAGGAGCCUCCACAUCAUGUGUCUAAUCCCAGUCUUCUGCUGGAUCACUGCUACAGUUCUGGAUCACAUGUUGACUACAGAGCAGAGAGGAGAGCUGCCCAAGACCCUGACUGACCUGUACUCACACUUCCUGCUGGUUCAGACAAAGAGGAAGAAGCACAAGUAUGAUGAGGGACAUGAGACGAGUCCACAGGAGCUGACGGAGGCAGACAGGGACGUUCUUCUGAAGCUGGGGAGGCUGGCAUUUGAACAUCUGGAGAAAGGAAGCAUCACGUUCUACCAAGAAGACCUGGAGCGGUGUGGUCUUGAUGUCACAGAGGCCUCGGUGUACUCAGGAGUUUGUACAGAGAUCUUCAAAAGAGAGUCUGUGAUCUUCCAGAAAACAGUCUACUGCUUCGUUCAUCUGAGUGUUCAGGAGUUUCUGGCUGCAGUCUACCUGUUCCACUGUUUCACCAACAGGAACACAAAGGUACUGAAGAACUUCUUGUAUGAUGAUGAUGAUGAUGAUGAUGAUGAUGAUGAUGAUGAUGACGACCAUUACCCAUCUGUGGAGGAUGAAUGUGAUGGUGGUGAUGAUGAUGAUGAUGAUGAUGAUGAUGAUGAUGAUGAUGACCUCUACCGAUCUCUGGAUGUCUUCCUGAGGAGAACCAUGGAGAAAUCCCUGAGGAGUGAAAAUGGUCACCUGGACCUGUUUGUUCGCUUCCUUCAUGGCCUCUCUGUGGAGUCCAAUCACAGACUGUUAGGAGGUCUGCUGGGUGGGACAGACAACAGUACAGAAAUCAUCCAGAGAGCCAUCAACAACCUGAAGAUGAUGAGCACUGACGAGCUCUCUCCUGACAGAAGCAUCAACAUCUUCCACUGUCUGACGGAGAUGAAUGACCACUCAGUUCAUCAGGAGAUCCAAGAGUUCCUAAAGUCAGAGAACAGAUCAGAGAAGGAACUCUCAGAGAUCCACUGCUCAGCUCUGGCCUACAUGAUGCAGAUGUCAGAGGAGGUUCUGGAUGAGUUGGACCUGAAUAAGUACAAGACAUCACUGGAGGGACAACGCAGACUAAUUCCAGCUGUGAGGAACUGCAGAAAGGCUCGACUUUUUAACUGUGGACUCAGAGAGACUCACUGUGAAGUCGUGGCCUCGGCUCUAAAGUCCGACCCCUCCCAUCUGACAGAGCUGGACCUGAGCUUCAACAAGCUGUAUGAUUCAGGAGUGAAGCUGCUUUCGGUUGGACUGGAGAGUCCACACUGUAGACUGGAGACUCUGAGAUUGAGGGGCUGCAGGUUGUCAGAGAUCAGCUGUGUUUAUCUGGCCUCAGCUCUGAAGUCCAACCCCUCCCAUCUGACAGAGCUGGACCUGAGUGAAAACGACCUGCAGGAUUCAGGAGUGAAGCUGCUGUGUGAUUUCCUGGAGAGUCCACACUGUAGACUGAAGACUCUGAGAUUGUGGGGCUGCAGGUUGUCAGAGAUCAGCUGUGUUUCUCUGGCCUCAGCUCUGAAGUCCAAACCCUUCCAUCUGACAGAGCUGAACUUGAGUAACAACAACCUGCAGGAUUCAGGAGUGAAACCGCUGUGUUGUUUUCUGGAGAGUCCACACUGUAGACUGAAGACUCUGAGAUUGAGGGGCUGCAGGUUGUCAGACAUCAGCUGUGUUUCACUUGCCUCAGCUCUGAUGUCCAACCCCUCCCAUCUGACAGAGCUGGAGCUGUGUGGAAACAACCUGCAGGAUUCAGGAGUGAAGCCGCUGUGUUGUUUUCUGGAGAGUCCACACUGUAGACUGAAGACUCUGAGGGUGGAUGACAGAGAAUACAGGGCUACACCAGUCAGACAUGACGGAGCAGACCCGUCCACAUCAAAGACAAAACUCUAUGUGUCUGAGGACAGAAGAGAGGACAGUGCAGAUGAAGAGGAUCAGCUGUGUCCUGAUGAUCCAGAGAGUUUGAAGCAGCAGCUUGAUACGUUAAGUUUCACACCUGAACUGCUGACAGAGUCUGGAAAGACAUACAGGUUCAAGUGUCCUGGUCCAGGUGUGUUCCAGUGUGCUUUGACUGGACUGGUGUUUGUUAUGGCUCAGGAGGCGGAGCUGCUGUACAACACUGUUCAAUGGGAUGAGAUUGUCCUCCAGUCAGCUGGCAAGAUGGCUGCGGGGCCACUGUUCAAAAUCAGCUGUUCACAAGAUGCUGCUGUCUGUCAGCUCCACCUUCCACACUGUGAAAUUAUGGAUGCUCCACUCCCUGAUGGCCUGUUGUCUGUUGUCCACAUCGCUGACGAUGGAAUGAGCAUCCUUAAGCCGCUGGAGAUUACAGACACUCAUGUGGUUGUCAAUGUUCCUCACCUCUCUGCCCUUGGCCUGGUCUUGGAUAUCGUUAAGAGGUUUUUGAACAACGUAAAACUAGUUAGUGGCCAAGUUCUGCUGUUCCUCGGACCACCAAUCCAAGAAACACAAAGGCAAAAACUCAAUGUGCUUCUCCUGCCAAGAAACAUCCCUUUGACAGAGGUGUGCGCACAAAGGCAACGUUAUAGGAACAUUGAGGUUCCUUCCACAUGUAAACUAAUCGAAAAUCAAAGUUACACUGCUCACUGUCCUCAGGCCAUUAAAAUACAGCCUAAGAAAGCAGAGUUUGACCUGGAGUUUGGACCAAAUUAUCACCCAACAUUUGAGAUCCGCCUGCCUACAAACACACAAGAAGUGACUUUAACAGUCCAAGACGAAAGACAGACAAAAGUCUGGGAGCAUGACAUUGAUCUGACUGGUUCAAGAGAACAAAUUUCACAGAGGAGUGUCCCAGCAGAGGACAACGUCCCAGCAGAGAAGAGGCUGUUCUCAGUUCGAGCAGAGUUUGUAAGCAGAGUGUCUGAUCCUAAUCUGAACUGGCUUCUGGAUAAACUCCUCGAGUGUCAGGUUAUAAAUGAUGAUGAAAUGCAGUCAGCCAGAACAAAAAUCAGAGCAGACAAAGCAAGACAUGUGAUUGACACGGUGCGGAACAAGGGAACUGAAGCCAGUUCGGUUCUGAUCGCUGCUCUCUGUGAGGUGGAUCCACAUCUUUCAAGACUGCUGAAAUUAAGCUGAAGCAAAAACAAGAAACUAAGGAGUGUGUGAUGAUGAAUCUCUAUAAGACCUGGAUCUUACACAUUACGUAUUGUCAUCUUUGAAUGAAAUGUUUUAACAGCUGUUUUUAAUAAGUGGACUUUCACUCUGAAAGUGAUUUAGUUAAAAGGGAGAACAGGAGAAGAACACAGGACAAAACGCCAAAGUGUUGUUCUUUCGUUUAGCCAUUUGAUGGAGGCAGAACUUCACGGACAAAGAAGCUGCAGCUGGAGCAUCAGGUGGUCGUGAAAAUAAUCAUUUCAAAAAACAUCGAGAAAGAUUUCAGAGUGAAGAUCACAAACCUGAACCUGGUUCCAUAAAACUACUUAGGGCAAAGGUGUCCCUUAAAUUUUCAUCUAAGGGCCUGUAUUUACAGAGUGUUUUUCUUGGUGCUGGGUAGUGCUUCAUCGCAGCAUUUCAUAAAAACAAGCGCUCCCAGCACUUUUGUUUUAAUGACAACAACAUCUUGACAUUAAUGUUAGCUAUAUAGCUAAGGUAAUGCUCCACCAAUGGUUCAGCUCCCAAGUUGUGAUUGGACAGUUGAUUGUUUCAUGGAGUUGAGUGUAACGAACUGACAAAGAUGUGUGUCCUCUGAAUGACAGUGACUUCAUACAUUAAAAG